AUUUAUUUAAAAAAAUUAGAAACUUAUUCAAGGAAUUUUUAUUUGAAAAUAUAAUAGUAAUAAUUCAAGUUUAUUAUGGCCGUUGAUCUGUAAAUAGAAUGGUGCACCGCUGAUACAGCAUAUCAAGGGAAACGGAUAGAAAGUCCACCUCAUUGUGUAUGCCUUUCUUGUUUCUUUGGUUGUGGAUAACAAAAACUCUUUCCGGAUACGCACAAAGAGACCAGUAAUGGCUAUGGAGGCCUUAACUUUCUCUACGGUUGCUUCCCGCCAUUUCUCCACUACUUUUCCACGAAAGACCACCACUCACUCUUCUACACCUUCGUCUUCUUCACUCUCAUUCCGAUCCAACAUUUCAUCUUCUUCGAGAGAGCUUUGGGGAAUUGUGAAUUCUCAGAGAGUAAUUACGGUCAGGAGAGAGAGGCGUGGGGUCAUCAGAGCAGAGAUGUUCGGUCAGCUCACUAGUGGCCUCGAAUCCGCUUGGAACAAACUCAAGGGCGAAGAGGUGCUAACGAAGGAGAAUAUUGUGGAACCCAUGAGGGACAUUAGGAGAGCUCUUUUAGAAGCAGAUGUUAGCCUUCCUGUUGUAAGAAGGUUUGUUCAAGAUGUAAGUGAACAAGCUGUUGGUGUUGGCGUGAUUCGAGGAGUCAGACCAGAUCAACAAUUGGUUAAAAUUGUCAGUGAAGAACUUGUGAAGUUGAUGGGAGGAGAGGUUUCCGAAUUAACUUUUGCAAAAUCUGGCCCCACUGUGAUCUUACUGGCUGGUCUACAAGGUGUCGGAAAGACAACUGUUAGUGCUAAAUUAGCUUUGUACCUAAAGAAACAGGGAAAGAGUUGCAUGCUGAUUGCUGGAGAUGUAUAUAGACCAGCUGCAAUUGAUCAACUCGUUAUUUUGGGCAAACAGGUGGAUGUUCCUGUGUAUGCAGCAGGCACCGAUGUGAAACCGGCAGAAAUAGCUAGGCAAGGUCUUCAAGAGGCUAAAAAGAAGAAAGUGGAUGUAGUCAUAAUGGAUACAGCAGGAAGGCUUCAGAUAGACAAAACUAUGAUGGAGGAAUUGAAGGAUGUGAAGCGGACAUUGAAUCCCACGGAAGUUUUGCUUGUUGUGGAUGCAAUGACUGGCCAAGAAGCUGCAGCCUUGGUGACCACUUUUAACGUUGAAAUUGGAAUUACUGGAGCCAUUCUAACCAAACUAGAUGGUGAUUCAAGAGGUGGAGCAGCUCUGAGUGUUAAAGAGGUAUCAGGAAAGCCGAUCAAGCUUGUAGGACGUGGAGAGCGGAUGGAGGACCUUGAACCCUUCUAUCCAGAUCGUAUGGCAGGACGCAUUUUGGGCAUGGGAGAUGUUCUUUCAUUCGUGGAGAAGGCACAAGAAGUUAUGCGCCAAGAAGAUGCUGAAGAUUUGCAGAAGAAGAUCAUGAGUGCAAAGUUCGACUUCAAUGACUUCUUAAAGCAAACACGUGCUGUUGCACGGAUGGGUUCCAUGUCUCGUGUUCUUGGAAUGAUUCCAGGAAUGGGAAAGGUUACUCCUGCACAAAUUCGGGAGGCAGAAAAGAGCUUGCUAAUAAUGGAAGCAAUGAUUGAAGUGAUGACCCCAGAGGAAAGGGAGAAGCCUGAACUGCUUGCUGAAUCCCCUGCCAGGAGAAAGCGUAUUGCUCAAGAAUCUGGAAAAACCGAGCAGCAGGUGAGCCAACUUGUUGCUCAGCUUUUUCAAAUGCGUGUUCGAAUGAAGAAUUUGAUGGGUGUAAUGGAAGGUGGAUCGGUUCCUGCACUUAGCAACCUCGAAGAGGCCAUGAAAUCCGAACAAAAGGCUCCUCCAGGUACUGCCAGGAGGAAGAGAAGAUCAGAAUCAAGAAAACAAUUUGCAGGCUCAUCUGGACGGCCAAGCGUUCGUGGUUUCGGUGGUGGGAACGGAGAGAACUGAAGCCUUCAUAAGGCUUACCGAUCCGCACCCUCUUCCCAUCUGUCACUUGGAUUAACGACCAACUUAAGGUAACGACAUCCUCAUCGCUUUUCUUGUAGAAUAAUCUUUUGGAGUAGAUAGCGUUGAAAAGAGAGAGGUGUAAAGUAGGUUACGAAUUGAGAGUUUUCGUACAAAAAACCGAUCUACAAACACAGCUUUGGAGAACUCGAAUAUUUUUUUAUUACGAUUUUAUGGAAAUGAUGAUAUUGAAUUCGUG